AUGGCUAGUCUUCAACUGCCACGGUACUAUCUCCAUGACCCAAUUUCAUACUCACCAAAAUUACUCCAUUUUAGGAAUCCCAAUUCAGUUUCUUACUCAAGAAAGCUUCUUUGGUCGAAAAAAAUUUCUGGGUUCUUGGAUUUGAGGCAUUCCAGAAGCAUUCCUGUUAAUGGGUCCUUUCCAUUGUGCCGAGUUAGCAAAGAAAGUGCAGAGCUUGAGCCCAUUGUGACUGAAGAGGAAAGGAGGAACGAGCAUGAAAGGCCUCCUUUUGAUAUCAAUUUGGCUGUUAUUCUUGCUGGCUUUGCAUUUGAAGCUUACACAACUCCACCAGAAGAUGUUGGAAAACGCGAGGUGGAUGCAGCUGGUUGUCAGACAGUGUUUCUUUCAGAGUCAUUUGUCCGGGAAAUUUAUGAUGGCCAACUAUUCAUAAAACUAAAGAAGGGACUUAAUCUUCCUGCGAUGGAUUUAUGGGGAACAAGUGAUCCUUAUGUUGUCUUCCAACUGGAUAGUCAGGUUCUCAAAAGCAAGACAAAAUGGGGGACCAAAGAGCCAACCUGGAAUGAAGAGUUUGUAUUCAAUAUAAAGCUGUCUCCGGACAAGAUUCUUCAGGUAGCAGCUUGGGAUGCAAAUCUUGUAACUCCUCAUAAGCGCAUGGGAAACUCUGGCGUUGAACUGGAGUCAGUCUGUGAUGGUAGUUUGCAUGAUGUGGUAGUAGAUCUGGAAGGAAUGGGGGGUGGUGGAAAGAUAGAGCUAGAGAUCAGAUACAAGAGUUUUGAAAAACUUGAUCAAGAAAAGCAAUGGUGGAGGAUACCCAUUGUGACAGAAUUUCUUGAGAAGUAUGGCUUUGAUAAUUUGAUAAAAACAGCUCUUGGCUCUGAGACAGUGCAGGCCCGCCAGUUUGUUGAGUUUGCUUUUGGCCAAAUAAAGACAUUGAAUGAUGAAUACCUUCACACGAACUGGUUACCAACUGCAGGGGAAGGCAAGAAGUAUUCUAAUGAUCCUACUGCAGAGUUGGGCACAACUUUAGAAACAGAGAGCAUGCCUGAGUCUUCUUCAACUGAUGGAAUGGAGAAAGUAAGGGAUAGUCGAGCUGAAGAAGACAUAGAAAGCAGUGCCAUGGAUAAUAGAGAGGGUCAAGCUGGUGAGCCUUCAGAAUCAGAUGAGCAGUUCUGGAAGAUACUCGGUGAUACUGUUAAUCAGAACGUCGUUCAGAGGUUCGGUCUUCCAGCUCCCUCAAAAAUAAAAUGGGAUGGAUUUGACAUACUAAACAAUAUUGGUCUGCAGUCACGGAAAAAUGCAGAGACAGUUUAUAUCGAAUCAGGGCUUGCAACACCAGAGGAUCAGGAUAGUGAUUCUGGUGAUUCUCCAAAUCAAAAUCAGUCAUCACUUGCGAAUAUAAAGAAGGUGACUCAAGAAUUGUUACAGCAAACAGAUGCUGUUUUGGGAGCUUUAAUGGUUCUUAAUGCUACAGUUUCCAAAAUAAGCAAAGGCGCAGGCUUGCUAGGAAAAGAUGGUGAGGAAUCAAGUGCUUCCAAAGAAACAAGAAAUGAUAUUUCGGAGAGCACAUCAGCUGCUAUUCCGUCUGAUAAUUUAAUAUUGGAUGAGAAGAAAGCAGAGGAGAUGAGAGCUCUCUUUUCAUCAGCAGAGAGUGCUAUGGAAGCUUGGGCAAUGUUAGCAACUGCUUUGGGCCACCCGAGCUUCAUCAAAUCUGAAUUUGAAAAAAUCUGCUUCUUAGAUAACUCAACCACUGACACACAGGUUGCACUUUGGCGUGAUCCAUCGAGAAAAAGAUUGGUCGUUGCUUUCAGGGGAACUGAACAAGCUAGAUGGAAGGACCUUCGGACAGAUUUAAUGCUUGUUCCAGCAGGGUUGAAUCCUGAAAGAAUUGGUGGUGAUUUCAAGGAAGAAGUUCAGGUUCAUAGUGGUUUCUUGAGUGCAUACGAUUCAGUUCGGACGAGGAUCAUUAGACUGAUUAAACAGGUGGUUGGUUAUAAUGAUGAUGACCCUCAGCCGCUGUCCAAAUGGCAUGUAUACGUGACCGGCCAUAGUUUGGGUGGUGCGCUAGCUACUCUUCUUGCCCUCGAACUUGCAUCUAGUCAACUAGCAAAAAUGGGGGCAAUUUCAGUGACAAUGUACAAUUUUGGCUCCCCCAGAGUUGGAAACAAGAAAUUUGCUGAACUUUACAAUGAGAAAGUGCACGACAGCUGGAGAGUUGUAAAUCACAGGGAUAUAAUACCCACAGUCCCACGUUUGAUGGGCUACUGCCAUGUGGCUCAACCAGUUUAUUUGGCACCUGGAGAUCUGGAGAAUGCACUGGAGAAUAUGAGUCUCAUGGCUGAUGGUUACGAGGGUGACGUGCUCGGAGAAUCCACACCAGAUGUUAUUGUCAGUGAAUUUAUGAAAGGUGAAAAGCAGCUGAUUGAGAAAAUACUGAACACGGAAAUAAACAUAUUUCUUUCGAUCAGAGAUGGAAGUGCCCUUAUGCAGCAUAUGGAGGAUUUCUAUUAUGUUACAUUGCUGGAGAGCGUGAGAUCGAAUUACCAAACUGUUGCAAGAUCACAACCAAAUGAGGAGAAGAGCUUGCCCAUUGGUUGA